GCGAUAGGAUUCACCACCUACAAGAUGCUUAGUAACGUCACCGGAGAUGGUGCUGGCAAUUGCGUCUUCGUGCGUAUAUGCCGACGCAAUUCCCGGCCUUGCCUUCUCUGUUUACUGGUCAGGACCUAUAUAAGCAUCGUCACUUGAGCGAGCCUCCAGCACUUUCAGUUUCCCCACACCCACCGGAGCCUCGUACUAAAUCGCAUCACAAGCCCACAACAUGUCCGUUCGACCUGUGAUUGUUAUUGCUGGUAUCGGUAACGGUACAGGUACCGGUGCCGCCACAGCUCGCGUCUUCUCAAAGCAAGGAUAUAGAGUAGCAUUGAUUGCUCGGAACGCAGACCACCUCAACAAGUUCACCUCAGAAUUGAAGGAAACGGGCGGGGAGGCGGCCGCGUUCCCCGUCAAGGACUACUCGUACGGCGCGGUCACCUCGGUCGUCGAGGGCAUCCGCAAGUACCAAUGGCAGACACCCGAGAAAGCCGAGAUUCGCGUCGCCCUGUGGAAUGCGGCGUUCGGGGCGUGGAAGCCCUUCUUGGACGUUACUGAGCAGGAAGUCCACGACUCAGUCGAGGCCAACUUUGUCGCCCCCUUUGCGUUUUCGCGCCAGAUCAUCCUGGCGUUCCAGGAGAACGAGCUGAGCGAGCUCGGAAAGAGGGGGACCCUGCUCUUCACUGGUGCCACCGCUAGUUGGAGGGGAAAUGUGUCGACGAGUGUGUUCGCUGCCGGAAAGUUCGCAGGGCGCGCUCUGAGCCAGAGCUUGAGCAAGGAGUUCGGGAAGCAGAACAUCCACGUUGCUCAUGCUAUCAUUGACGGAGGCAUCCUCACCGACCGAUCCCUCUCCCGCCACUCCAAUCCAGAGGACCACAAGCAGUUUGCCGAAAACGCAGACAUUCGCCUCGACGCAGAGAGCAUCGCUAAGAGUUACCUGUACCUGGCGAACCAAGACCGUUCUGCCUGGACUUGGGAGCUCGACCUUCGCCCAGCGCACGAGAAGUGGUGAAGAAUGUGAAGGAAUUGCUGUAUUACCGAAUGAGCUGUAUCAGUCGUUGUAUCUGUAUGUCAGCAAUGCGUAUUGGUAUGUCACUGUAAAAUGCUCCACAAACGAUGUUAUGAGCACGUAGUACAUACGCCACAAGACGAGACGCUUCGC